AUGUAUAGAGAUCAAAAUGGUGCCAGAAAACAAACAUUUAGUGUCGGUUCUGAUAGGGAUUUAGAUGACAUAGCUAAUUUAAACAGCUUUAGUUCUACGCAAUUCAAAAAUAAACUUAAGGGGGAAACUCCCAAGGGCGCCAUGUCACAUUUUAGUAGUUCUUUUACAUCACCUGGUAGUGCUGAUCCACCUCAUCAUGGUUCAAAAACAGGUGAUGAAGAACCAACAUCUUCUAAUCAGCCCACUACACACUGGACAAUAGAGAGUCCAACUCAUCAGAAGAAAGAACAACAAGUCAUGUAUAUUGAGAGCCCAGAACACAAAGUGUCUAAAAUACCACGGCCAACUAGAGAGGAAUCAACAAUCAAUUCAGCAGAAUUGCCUUCACCAAGAAAUUCGAACAGUGCUAAUUAUAAUGAAAUGGAAUUGAAAGAGACUGACCCAUUUAACACCUUUAUUCAAUCUGGAAAAUCAGGUUUGUCACGAAACUCUUCAAGGAAAAAGAAAAAACACAAGCACAAGUCUGCAGAAAACACUCCAGAUGAGGAAUAUGAAGAAAGCAAACGACACAAAAAAAGGAAAAAGCAUAAACACAAUCAGGGAACUGAAGAUUCUUUUGCCAGUACAGAUGCCUAUACUGUGGAAGAUUUUGAAAAACAUGGAUAUGUAGGUGACAAGCUACCACCUAAACCUAGAAAAAAGGAAGAAGACACAGUUUCAGUUGGUAGCAAUGGUACUUAUAUUGUUGAUGAUCUUGAUAAAGAAUCAAGUUUUAAGGGCAGUAUUAAUUCUAUGUUUAAACGUGCCAGAUCCACUAUGAAACUAACAGAUGAUCAACAAAGAAAUAAAAGACCUGUCUCCAAAAAAAUAUUAUCUAAUCAAAAAAAGACUGCUAGUUUUAUCUCCAAAAAGAUAUUUCAAAGAGAAUGCAACAGAUAUACCCUGGAUGUGGACUCCAAAGUUGGAAACUGUCAGUGUGGUCGAGAUGUGGAAUGGCAUAUUGAUAUGGGAAUACCAGUCACAGAAAGUCAAAGGAAAGAAAAGUGGUCAAUGCAGACACAUACAGAUAAAAAAGCAUGCGAUUCUUUUGGGGAAAUUACUUUCCGAGGUUUCGGACAUGACACAACCAACUCUCCUUAUGUGAGACUUGAUCCGUCCACAAAUCUAAAUGAUGUAUGGGAUAUAUUGAUUGAACAUUGGGGAUUACCGGUACCAAAACUACUCAUCUCUGUAACUGGUGGCGCUAAGAAAUUUGAUUUGAAAGCCAGAUUAAGAACUGUUUUAAAACAAGGGUUAAUACAUGCAGCCAAAAGUACAGGAGCCUGGAUAGUGACAGGAGGUACAGCAGCUGGUGUCAUGGAGUUUGUUGGUGAAGCUGUCAGAGACCAUAUCUUCUCUACUGGUAAUCCAGAACAGAAUCGUGUUGUUGCUCUAGGUAUAGCUACUUGGGGUGUCAUCAACAACAGAUUAGCUUUAGAUGGUGAAGGUGCCAAUGGAUUGUUUCCAGCAGUAUAUGCUGUAGAAGAUACAGUAGAUCAAGGUGAUGGUGCUCCAUUAGAUCACAAUCAUACUCAUUUUAUCUUAGUUGAUAAUGGUACACAUGGUAAAUAUGGUGGAGAGAUUGAAUUUAGAUCAAAAUUAGAGAGUUAUAUAUCUCAAAAAGUUGAAACUGGAGUAGCUACAACUCAAAGUGUUCAUGUACCAUGUGUAUUGUUAGUAGUAGAAGGUGGUAUAAAUACAAUGAAAACGGUAUUAGAAACAUUACGACGUAAUACACCGGUAGUUGUUAUAAAUGGUACUGGUCGCUGUGCUGAUCUUAUAGCUUAUGGUUAUAAACUUACUAAGAAAAAAAAUGAUGAUGAAAUAUCAAGAAAGAGUGUAGAAAUUGAUGAAAUAUUAAAAGAACAAACAAGAAAAUGUUUAGGUGUAUCUGACCCAGAAAAAAUCAGAUCACUUGUCAAGGAACUUAAUGAAUGUCUUCAUAAUAGAAGAUUGGUCAAUGUUUUUAGUCUAGAAAGGGCUGAUGUGAAAGAAAUAGAUCGAGCUAUUUUAUAUGCUUUACUUAAAGCCAAUAAAUCUGAUGCCCAUUCACAACUUGCAUUAGCUCUAGCCUGGAACAGAUGUGAUAUCGCACGACAUGAAAUAUUUACUACUGAUAAUCGACAGAAAUGGAAUCCCUCUUCCUUGUAUGAUGCCAUGGUCACAGCUCUUGUCCAAGACAGAACAGAUUUUGUGCAGAGUUUCCUUGAUAAUGGUGUUGAUUUUCACAAAUUUUUAACGAAAGAAACAUUAUGGAACAUUUAUUGUCUGACUAGCAAUGAUAUGAUGGAUGCUAAUGGUGAUGUAAUGAGAUAUAUGUUAGGAUAUAUAAAGCAAACAUGGCUAUCAUAUUUUACGUGUAGAGAAACUGAAAAUUUUGACAAGUCACCUAGCUUAUUGAAAAAUGUUAGUAAAGUCAUUGUUCAUCUUCUCAAAGAUUCAGCUAUGGAUUUCUACCAUGGUGAAGAAUAUUAUGUGACAGCUAGAGAAGUAGGUAUGAAAUGGUUAGGUAAUACUGAUACAUUGAAAACAUUAAAAAGUAGAAUAACACAGCAAAAUCUCACAGCUACAACAAAAAAAACAAAGAAGAAAAAACCUAAAGAUUCUCAUGAUUUUGAAAAUCCAGCACGUGAACUGUUUAUAUGGGCCAUUUUAUUUAACAGAAGAAGUAUGGCUCACUUGUUUUGGAAACUAGGUCAAGAUCAAAUUGGUGCUGCUGUUGUGGCUAGUUCAUUAUUAAAAGCAAUGGCAGAAGUAGCAGAACACGAGGAAGAAUUAGAAUUAAGUGCUGACCUAAAUGAACAUGCUGAAGUAUAUGAGAGGUUGGCUACCAAUGUUUUAGCAGAAUGCUAUGGUAAAGAUAAGAAAAUGGCUCAACAAUUAUUGAUAAGAGAACAGACAUUAUGGGGAGAUAGGACUGUCUUUCAGAUAGCUAAUAACAAUACUCUGAUGGACUUUCUAGAACAUUCUUGUUGUCAAACUAAACUUAAUACAAUAUGGAAAGGAGCUAUGGCUCUGUAUACUUCUGAACCUAAGAUCUGUUUAUGUAUACUGUUUCCUGUUCUCUUACCAUUUAUCAAAUUCUCCACCCAUAAAUCUCUGGAAGACAUUAUUGAUGAUGAUGAUGAUGAUGAUGAUGAAGAAGAGGAAGCUGAAGCAGAAAAUACCGAAUCAAAAGACUCCAACAGACCUCCCCCAGGAAAUAAAGUUGUCCCUGCUGAAACUGAUAAAAAGAAAGGAUUUACCCCUGCCAAAUCUCGACGAAAGAAAGAUUUAGUAAAGAAAAAAAUGUAUGGUGUGGACUAUUUUAAAUGUGACAGAAAUAACGUCAAUAUAUUGUCAGCUUUGGUAUUUUUCUACUCUGCACCUGUUACCAAAUUCUACACUGGUUUGGUGGCAUACUUGGUGUUUUUGGGUGUAUUUACAUAUUUUGUGUUGGUUGAUUUACGGCCAGUAAUAGAAGAGAAUUCACCCUCUCUACUAGAAUAUAUAACGUGGGUAUGGCUAGGUACAAUGGUUAUAGAAGAAUUACGGCAGAUUAUAGUAUUAGAUCAACCACCUAUAUAUAAGUUAAGGAACUGGUUUGAGAGUGUCUGGAAUAGAUUUGAUUUGGCGAUGUAUAUGUUGUUUCUGAUAUCAGUGGUUCUAAGAUAUACUAUCUUCAAUACUGAUUUCCUCUGGGCUCGUAUCUCUUACAGUAUCACUCUAGCCAUGUUCUACCUCCGUCUUAUGCAGAGUUUUUUUAUCUCCAAAAAUAUGGGACCUAAAGUCAUCAUGAUAGAGAAAAUGUUGACAGAUUUAUUUUUCUUCUUUUUAAUCCUACUGGUAUUUAUAAUGAGUUUUGGUAUAGCAUAUCAAGCCAAUCUGUAUCCUAAUUCACCAUCAAGUUGGGUCAUACUGAAAAAUAUUUUAUAUCUACCUUACUGGCAAAUGUAUGGCGAACUCUUCCUUGAAAGAGUAGAAGGUGAAGAAGAGGGGUGUACAUACAAUGAAACUAUUUGGAGAGAAGAUUUAUCACAGCGGUGUCCAGAAACUAAUGCCUUUGUGCCUGUUCUAUUAGCUAUUUAUAUGAUACUCACUAAUAUUUUAUUAGUAAAUCUACUUAUUGCUAUGUUCAGUUAUACAUUCCAAACUAUACAAGAUAAUUCACUGAAAGUCUGGAGAUUCUAUAGAUUAUCAUUGGUACAAGAAUUGUUUGACCGACCCACACUAGUACCACCAUUGGUUAUAAUUAACCAUAUCUACCGAUUAUUUAAACUGAUGGUGAAUAAAACUUGUGGAGAUUUCCAGAAAAAAGAUGAUUUCUGUGAGAAACUAACAAGAGAGGAGAAUUUAAGAUUAAGUUUAUUUGAGAGAGGUGCAAUGGAGAACUAUCUGUCUCAUUCCUUAAUGAAAGAAAGAGAACUAUUGGAUAAUAAGGUUACCACUACAGCUGAAAGAUCAUCACAAGGAGCAGAUGAAGUAUCUUAUCUACGACAUUGUAUAGAUGAUCUCUCAGAACAAAUGGGCAACAACAACUUCAGAAUGACUCAAAUGAUGAAAAUGAUGGAAGAUUUAAUGAAGAAACAGAAUGUGAAACAAUCUCUAGAUUUAAAACUAGAAGACUAUACGCAUGCUUAA